GCUGGCUGACACAGCUGCAAAAUUGCAUAUGUAACAUAACGUGUAUGUUCUUUGAGGAAGUGCGAGAGACAUCAUGCAGUUCAGAUGAUCUGCUGCAGUAAGCAUGUACGUCUGUUAUCCGCGUUUCAUACUUUACAUCCACAUCAGCCUUCAAAGUCUUCAAGUCUGCAUCCACUGUCAUUUGAUUCAUGCUGCAGUUAUUGUGUCCUUCAGACAUGGACAGCAGCAGACACUCAGCACCAGGAGGAAGAGACUCAGUUUCAGGCCUUGUACCCAUGGAGAAAACAGAGCACGGGAGGAAUGAUCAGGGUGAAAAGGGACUGGAUCAUCCCUCCCAUCAGAGUACUGGAGAACAGCAAACAAGUUCCCGAAGCUCUUGUCCAGAUCAAAUCGGACAAAAUCUUCAGAGGAGAAGUGAUCUACAAGUUAGAGGGACCAGGGGUGGACCAAGAACCCAAGAACCUGUUUGAGAUUGAUGAUAAAACAGGUGUAAUCAGGAGCAAGCGACCGCUGGACAGAGAGAAACACAACAGUUUCACGCUGAAAGCCUUCGCUUUGUCUCCCAGUGGAGAGAGAUUGGAGAAUCCUACAACCAUUGAGAUCGUGGUGCUGGAUCAGAAUGACAACAGACCCACUUUCACUCAAAACCAGUUCACUGGUGCCGUUGCAGAGUUCUCAGUUCCAGGCACAUCAGUGAUGUCAGUGUCGGCUACGGAUGCUGAUGACCCAAUGACAGAAAAUGCCAUUCUCAGAUACUCUAUCAUUGACCAGGAGAGUAUUCCCGCCAGUGCUGUUACCAAGACGAUGUUUGGUAUCAACGACGUGACCGGGACAAUUUACACAAGGGAUGUUGGCCUGGACCGUGAGGUGGUGAAAAGUUUCAGAUUGAAGCUUCAGGUCGGUGAUAUGUCGGGUAUGGGGCUGACGAGUGAAGGUGUGGCCAUUAUCCAUGUAUCUGACAUCAACAACCACGCCCCACAGUUUAGUCCAUACAAGUACAGUAUGACUGCAGUGGAGAACAGGAAGAACUAUGAGAUUGGCUGCAUAAACGUGACAGACAGAGAUGAUCCUGGGACAGGGAACUGGGAGGCCAAAUACUUCAUUUCCACAGGUGACCCCAACAGGAGCUUCACUGUCAGUACAGAUCCAGCAACGAACCAGGGCAUUCUGACAGUGGUGAAGCCGCUGGAUUAUGAAGCCCAGACUGACUACAGCCUCAUUCUAACAGUGGAAAAUGUCAAUCCGCUGAUCCACAAGGCCUACAAUGUUCCAGUGAGCAGCGCUACAGUGUUGGUUACUGUUGUGAAUGAGAAUGAAGCUCCACGGUUUAGAGAAGACCCAAUACUGAUUGUGGUUCCUGAAUCAGUGGCUCCUGGAACACGACUGAAAAGCAAUAUUGCCUACGACCCUGAUGAUUCUCAGUUGAGGUAUGAGAUCAGCAGAGAUCCUGAAAGGUGGCUGGACAUCGACAGAGAUACAGGAGAGAUUACUGCCAAGAGAACAUUCAACAUAAGAAAUCCACAUGUCAGAAACAAUGUCUACACAGCUGCUGUCAAGGUUACAGAUGCCGGUGGUGUGUCAGCCUCUGCCACAGUGGCCAUCACGUUGACGGAGAUCAAUGACUUCCCUCCUCAGCUCUUCCCUCUGAGUGGUUCUGUGUGCAAGGAAGCAUCCCAGAUAAGUUCUGGUGUGGUUUUGAUGGCAGUGGAUGAAGACCUUCCUCCGCAUGCAGCUCCCUUCACUUUCAAACUGCAGAAUGAGUUGUCAAUGAACUGGACUAUUGUUCAAAUCAACGGUACUCACGCUGUGCUUCAGCUGCUUGUGGAGCUGGAGACAGGAGAGUAUGCGGUCACCGUGUUGGUAUCAGACUCGGGCAGCCCAGCUCUUGGUGCCUAUGCUCAGGUUAAUGUGACAGUGUGUCUCUGUGACUCCUUUGGAGACUGCAAGUCCGAGGCGGUGGCCGUCUUUGGCUCUAAUGUGGGAAUCAGCCUCAUCGCUCUGAUCAUCAUCAUGGCCAGCAUUGCUCUUCUACUCUUGCUGCUCCUGCUGGCUGUGGCACUGACCACCUGUGGGAGGCAUCACCAUCUGAAGAGAGGAACAGGCCUGCUCAUAGCAGAAUCAGAGGAUGACAUACGAGACAAUGUCAUUAACUAUGAUGAGCAAGGAGGUGGUGAAGAGGACGAGAACGCCUUUAAUAUUGACUUACUGUGGAAUCCGCAUGACCCACCUCCGACCCCGAGGUUCUUCUGCCCAGUGGCUGGUGUUCCUCGAGGGAAGCAGCCCGUCAGGAAGGAUACCCCCCAUAACCUACCCUCACCCAGCUACCCACGCAGGCCUCCUGCAGAUCCCAGUGACAUUGAGGACUACAUCAACGAUGGUCUGGAGGCUGCAGACCAAGAUCCAAACGUACCUCCGUAUGACACCGCUCUGAUCUAUGAUUAUGAAGGAGAGGGUUCACUGGCAGGCAGCCUCAGCUCCCUUGCUUCCGACAGCUCUGACGGAGACCAGGACUAUGACUACCUCAACGACUGGGGACCACGCUUUCAGAAAUUGGCCGACAUGUACGACCCACGAUAGGUUUCAAAUGAACAUACAAAUUCCUCAGGUGUUCUUUUGGACACAUCAUCUUUUCAUCCACGAUGAGAUUUAAAGUAUACCAAAGAAAAUUACAUCGUGUUUUCCAUUCAAUGUGUGUUAACCCUUUAAGCCCUGAAAGGGCUUGACAUUCCCUUUAAGCCUGAUCGGCCCUUAAAGGGUUAAGUUAAGCAGAGGAUCACUUGAACGUAAGCGAUGGCUUGUUAGUUCUGCAGGCACUGUAGCUCAGGAAGAGAACCUUGUUGGCAUGAACAACUGUGUGUGCUACACAACUACGGGAAUGCGGAAAAUCUAUCCACAUCUAGAACUGUUCAGUCUGACU